AGUGAUAAGUUUAUAGUAAUUGACUCGUCGGCAGUGAACAAAACCAUGGAGAAUGCAUCUGCAUUUACAAGUUUACCUUCCAAGGCAGAAGGGAUCGCACUAUACAGCGCUCUUAUUUUAUCUUUGGUCCUUAUAAUUGCAGGAAACUUGCUCACUCUGGUUCUCUUUAAGGUUACCAAACGACUUCGUAAGAAAAGUUUAUUCCUAGUUAUGAACAUGGCGUUUGCUGAUUUGAUGUUGGGAACCUUCUCUGUACCCUUUUACAUUUACAUUGUUAGACAUGCCCAUCAGCAUUGGACAGAAAAAUACGGCUUUUAUCUUAUGGUCUUCAGAUGCAUCGAUGCCAUUUUUAUAUUCGGCUCAUAUCUAUCUGCAGUCUUUAUAUCUUGUGAGAGAUUGUACGCCGUAUAUUGGCCGUUUAAACACCGAUUACUGUCCACAAAAACGUACCGCAUCGCCAUUUUCAUACUUUGGACACACGCUGCCUUGUUGUCUACAACAUUAACUUUGCUAUCGGUGUUUACUUCAAUUAGAUCUGCAUUGUAUGUCUCUGUCCUAGUUCUGUUGGGUCUAACAAUCAUCAUUUGUGUCUGUAACAUCGCGAUCUGGAAAAACUUUCAACACGAGAGCGUUGACUCACAGUAUCGAAAUGGAGCAUCGCGAAACAGACGCUUAACAAAGACACUCCUUCUCGUGUCCAUACUCGCUUUAUUAUGUUGGCUUCCCUUAAUCAUCUUGAACGUAUUAAUCUAUAUAACUAAGAAAUCAAUACCAUGGAAGUUUUAUCACAUGGUGAACAUUUUAAAUUAUUCUAACUCUUUUGUCAAUCCGAUUGUCUAUGUAUUCAGAAUUCGUGAGUUUCAGCAAGCGCUACGUUUAUGUUGCACGAAGAGGACACCAGCCAUUAAGAUGGUAAAAUUCAAAAGAAGAAACCGAACGGCUGCAAUUAGAGCGCCAGAGAUAGAACUAAGAAUACUCCACAACGAUCCCACUCGCCUGCAAGUUGAUGUUGAACGAGAAUAUAUGGAAACUAAGUUUUAAUCAGCUGAGAUAAGAGGACCUUCCGCGUUGUUACUGAGUGGUGACAUCUAUAGGAGGAAGAAGCCAUAAAUGUGGAGUAUUGUAAAAAAAAUAGGAUAACGUUCUUAUAUUUUCAAUUUUUUGCUUCACAGAGCCCUGUUGUUGUGUAGGGUUGCUUUUUGCAGCAUAAGUUCACACCAGUUAAGUCUUAAUUUCAUCUAAUAAUAAAAAUAUAUUAUUUUAUUUAUCCUAUCUGAGCAAAAUAUCCUGUCAUGUUAUAAAAAUAUAAAAUCUCUAUAAAUAUGAUAAUUCCAGCUCUUAAGUUAUUGCUCAAAUUCACACAUCUGUACUUUUAAGGUUGUCAGGACACGUCAAUGGCCAUCUUACCGACUUUAGAUAAAGUACAAUUUAAAACAUAUUUAAAGAACACCGAAUGCACAAGACAUCUGCACGGUAACUCAGCCCGUGGACAAAACACUUUAAUUUUAACAUAAAGAAAUACCAGGAAAUAAUCUUUUUUCUCUGAACUUAAGGUUGAAUCAGGCUUGACGUUCGUAAUAUAAAAAAUGCCCUUCGUGAAAAGGAAAACCGCCAUUUUGAUAAAGCAGGUUACCAUGACGUCACUGUUAUCUGCACGUGCGAGGAGGUAAGCGGAACGUUCACUACGCGUGGUAAAGAUAUCAUACUUUCCAAACAGAAAUUCUGAUAUUUUAUCGCUAUCUAUAUUAUAAAACUUUGUACAAUUGGGCGAUGAAGACAGCUGAGUUCCUUCCGACAGUUUGUAAUAAGAGAUAGGUUUGAAGAUUAAGUACCUCUUUGCCUCGAAUGAUCUCAGUUUCACGGGCAGCAUAAUUAAAACUAGUGGAGUGGAAAUUGUUGAUAAGCUAUCGAAUUAUUUUAAUGUGUGGAGACUAGGAAAUAAAAUAUCUCUUAUUUAUAUAAAUAUACUCAUUUAAGCACACAUAUAUGUCCGGUUAUCUCAACAGGAAAGAGAACUCUAAUAAAACGUCCAGUAAUCGUAACUUUAGUUCAUCUUUAAAACCCAUAACUUUAUUAUUGUUUUCAUGUUUCCAGACCCUGAGGCACUCGAGAUCUCUCUCCCCCGACAAAAACGAGUCUAAAUACAUUUUUGAGAUACCAACCAACAAAAAAGAAGAUGUGGGUUUUAUCUUUUUUUCAGUAAAAAUAGCUAAAAAUAGCACAGUGCAUCGAAUUACACAUGUCUGAAGCACGUUUUCUCUGAAAGGAUAAAUACGCUUUUUUUCCCAUAAAACAUUGAGGAAUGUUUCCUCCUCUCACCGAGAAAUGGUGACGGUUUUACGGGUUAGGUAAUAUCUAGACUGAUGACUAAGGAAGAGACUUGAGGAAAAACAAAACUGACGAGAGUGUUAAAGUGUGUGGCUCCGAGUGUGUAAAAAAAAAUACAUGAGGAGCUGUUCGUAAUUUGAUGAAAAGACAUGACGCUAAAAGGACGCUGAAUUCACGAGGUAUUCAAUUAAAAUGUACUGUCGACGACGGAAAAGAGAAAUUGAUCGAUAGAGGAAAAAACCCAUGACCAAACCUCUGCGAGAAGAUAAGUUACAGCUAUUCCGUGUCGCGGGCUGCUUUCCUCUAUUUCUUUAAGAAGCUCAUGUCAUCCUCUAAAAAGAACAAGGAAAAUCGAGGAAGGGAAAGAAGAUCAGAUACGCAAACGGAAGCAAACCUAUCAAAUCUUUGACACUCGGCUUUCUUCUAGACCACAAGUAGUCUUUCCUUUUCGGUCAAGUCUGUUCGAAAAACUCUGGACUCGCGAGCAAGACUUGGCCCUAAUCCUCGCUCUGAGUGAAGCUUUCAAGGAACAGUGGGCAACUAGGAAAUAAAUAUCAGCGCACUGUUUUAAAUCAAAUACAUGAGGUACUUUAGUAAGAUUAUUUUUCUAGAAUUGUGAUUUUAUAACCCAAUAACUCUUUACGCAGUAAACACAAGGUGAGUCAUGAUCAUUUAGCUCUUUCACCUCCAAGAUCUCAAUAGCAAUUCUCCUUACUGUCUGCCGUAUAAUUAUUAUGAUUCUUUUUCAAACUUUGGACAUUCGCUGCCUUGUUGUUUACAAUAUUACUUUUUUGCUAUUGGUGUUUUUUACAUUUGAAUCUGCUUUGUAUGUUGCUGUAUGUUCAGUGAAACUUAGUCGAUCUUGCGGUAAUCGACUUUUCCUCCAAAGCCUUUCCAGCUGUCUUCUUUUUUUUGUCUUCUUUUCCUCUCUUUAAUCUUGAUUUCAUUGGAGUACCAUGGUGCGGCUGGACGAACUGUCACUGUGUGAAUCGAGAGUGGUUUGUGGAAAUCCAAUAUACUUCGUAGUUCUGAAUUAUAUAAAUCAAUACUUAGGGAUAUGUCCACAAGGUCAACUAUUAACAAUGCAAUUAGAAUUCCUGAGUUUCAGCAAGCGCUACGUUCUUGCUGUACGAGGAGAAGAGCAGCCAUUGUGACGGAACAAAUCGAAAAAAAAUCGGUUGCACUUAGAACGCCGGUGAUAACGCUAAGAAUAUUAGAAGUCGAUCCACUCGCCUGUAAGAAGAGUUUGAAAGGGGAAGAGAUGACCCCUGGUAUUGAUACAACUUAGAGAGAUACAUGAAAAGUAGAAGUCAUAUAGAUGGAGUUUUUUUGCGAAAAUACGAUAAACUUUUUCCUCCGAACUGUUAGCUGAUCGAAGCCAAAACUUUGUUUGCAAAAUAAUAAUGAAAAUAAAACCCAUCUUGAAAUUAAAAAAAAAAAAAACUACCAUUUGGAUGAGCCGGUUGCCAUGAGUAAAGGUGUCGUCGUGUGUGAAAAGAAAAAUGCUAUGGUAAUUCGCGCUGUGAGGAUAUUCUGUUUUCGAAACAAGAUGAAUAUUAUUCUGGCAUUUCAUCAAUAUCUCUAGAGAAUAAUCCAGGGUGCGCGUAAAUAUGGAAUUUUUUUCGAGUGUUCAACUCGAUAGAACACGAGUGAGCGCAUUAAACUUGUAAGAUUUCUAGUUGAACAUGAGAGAAGAAAUUCCAUAUCUGCAAGCAACCAUUUAUCACAUUGUUUAUUAUAUAAACACAAUGGCCCUUUACUGAAAAGAGAAGUCAACUUUAAAUUUAUUGAGGUAGGAUCCACAUUCCCUUAAGAUAGGUGAUAAAGUGCGUUGGUAAUAAGGCUCAAAAUGCGUUGAAUUAAAACAAACAAUGCGCGUAACUUUCAAAAUUCCCGGUGACUGUCUUUCUCACUACAUGAGAAGAAAUCUUUUCAAGAACACGGCCAAAAUCAGCCAAUGGCAAAUUUUCCAUUUGUCGAUAAAUAUAUUUAUCAUAAAAACUACGGUGUUAUAAAAAGAUUUCCGGCCCUGAGAAAAGCCGCAACAACACAUGUGAAAAAAUACGAUAUUUUUUCACGUGUGUUUGACAUCGCCAAUCAGCUGCUGACACGUCACUCGCCUUUCGCACCACUCGGUCAGGUUGAUGAAUGAACGGCAAAGCCUUCACGAUUCUCAAUACAAGAUAGUUUGUCGGAAAUUCCUCAGAUUAUGGCGACUAGAACAUUUAUAAAUCCGUUUUGCUCAAGGACAUUGACGUUCAACCUUCUAUUGAAGGGGAAGAAAACCAAUUUACAAAAAGAAAAACCGAAAGUUACGUAUUCAAUGGCUUUGGUAAUAGCGUUUCUUGCGAUUUGCCACAGGCCGAUUUUGGCCGUUUACUUGACAAACCUGUCGGUAAGGCCAAGUUCAUUAAAUAAGAAUUUUGUAAAUUGAAAAUGACCCCCAUUGUUGCUUUUGUAAUCAUGAUUCAACGCAUUUUUCCAUCUUGCGCCAACGCACUGUACGACUGUCGAUUCUUUUAUUCUUAUUCAUUAAUGCAAAAUUAAACAGUGCAUCUACCAGCAUGUGUCUAGAGCUAAUUAUCCUGAAGUAUUAUUACACCUUUCGUCUAUCACUUAAAGAAGAUUAUCUCAUUGAGAAAGGAUAACUUUCCAGUCCACUAGUGCAGUGGUUUUGAGCCAGACAAGAAAUUUGUUAAAACUUAAACAAGCGUAAAACUGUGCAGUUCUUGUCGUUAUAGCAGGAAAGUACAUGCUGAUACGUUCUUUGAUGAACAGCCGUUUUAUUGACGGUAUUCGUUUAACCUGAGAUGUCUUGUCUAUCUGGACCACGUGAUACCUUGAAUACCAUUACCGCGAGAUACAAAUAACUUUUCAGCUACUGUUGUUUGGUUUUGUUGCAGAAGAUCGAGUUCCUCUUCUUUGAAAAAAAGCAUUUUAUUCAGACAAAAAAUUGUUUACCAUAAUUCAUUUGGUCAUAAGUUAAUAAUGAUUGACUCGUGGGAAGUGAACAAAACCCUGGAGAAUGCAUCUGCAUCCACAAUAAGUUUUCUUUCCAAAUCAGAAGGCCUCGCACUAUGCAGCGCUUUCAUCUUAUCUUCUGUCCUAAUCAUUGCAGGAAACUUGCUCACUUUGGUUCUCUUUGCAGUUGCCAAACCACUUCGCAGGAAAAGUUUAUUCCUAGUUUUGAAUAUGGCGUUUGCUGAUUUUAUGUUAGGAGCCUUCAGUCUGCCCUUUUACAUUUUCUUUGUCGGGAGCUACUAUCAGCUUUGGACAGCGAAAUAUGACUUUGAACACAUGGCCUACAAAAUAUUUUGCACAAGUAUCGAUAACAUGUUUUUGUUUGGCUCGUACAUAUCUGCAGCCUCUAUUUCCUGUGAGAGAUUUUAUGCCGUAUUUUGGCCCUUUAAACACCGUUUAUUAUCCACCAGAACAUACUGCAUCACCAUUUUCUUUCUUUGGACAUUCGCUGUCUUGUUGUCUACAUUAAUAACUUUGUUCUAUGUUUCAAGUUCAAUUGAAAUUGCUUUGUAUGUCUCUGUCCCCGUUCUGUUGGGUAUAACAGUCAUCAUAUGUGUCUGUAACAUCGCCAUCUGGAGAAAUUUUCAACACAAGAGUGUUGACUCACAGCAUCGAAAUGGAGCUUCCCGAAACAGACGCUUAACAAAGACCCUACUUCUGUUGUCCGUACUGGCUUUAUUAUGUUGGCUUCCCUUAAUCAUCUUGAACAUAUUAAUCUAUAUAACUAAGAAAUCAAUACCAUGGAAGUUUUAUCACAUGGCGAUCAUUCUAAAUUAUUCUAACUCUUUUGUCAAUCCGAUUGUGUAUGUAUUCAGAAUUCCUGAGUUUCAGCAAGCGCUGCGUUUGUGUUGCACAAAGAGGGGACCAGCCAUUAAGAUGGUAAAAAUCGAAAAAAGAAACCGCCGAACGCCAGAAAUAGAACUAUGA